UCACCUCCUUACCUGUUGUUUUCCUCACUCCCUUGACACGUCGUCACAUGCUAAAGCCAAAGCUUAGGCACUAGCUCUAGCGGUGUGGUGGUGGUAACCUUGGUCAAGGCGAGUGGCACCGCCGCCAUGGAGGCCAUGGACGUGAAGUACAAGCCGCUCGUGUUCCCCAACGGCGCCAUCAAGAAGGCGGUGAAGCCGGCGGCGGUGGCGCCGGCGGUGGGACUGGGAGGGGAGACGGUGUACCGGGAGUGCCUCAAGAACCACGCGGCGAGCCUGGGCGGCCACGCGCUGGACGGGUGCGGGGAGUUCAUGCCGUCGCCGGCGGCCAACGCGGCCGACCCGACGUCACUCAAGUGCGCCGCGUGCGGCUGCCACCGCAACUUCCACCGCAGGCUGCCGGAGGGGUCGCCGCCGCCGCCGCCUCCCGCGCCGCCGGCGCUGCCGGCGCCGCCCAUGACGGCGAGCGUGCUCCACGGGCAGCCGCACCGCGGGGAGGAGACGCCCGAGGUGCGGCUGCCCCCCGGGGUCGACGGCGACGAGUCCGACUCGGACUCGGACGGCUCGGAGUACGACGACGAGCGGUCCGUCUCCCCGCCGCCGCCGCACCUGCCGGCUCCGGUGGCGCACCAGCCGCCGUCGUCGUACUACCCUUCGGCGCCGCACAUGCUGCUCUCGCUGGGCUCCAGCGGGCAGAUGGCCCCGGGCCAGGCGCAGAGGCUCCCGCCGCAGGUGUCGCCGGCGAGCGCCCCGCCCCCCGGCGGGAUGCCGAGGAAGCGGUUCCGCACCAAGUUCACCGCCGAGCAGAAGCAGCGGAUGCAGGAGCUGUCGGAGCGGCUCGGGUGGCGCCUGCAGAAGCGCGACGAGGCCAUCGUCGACGAGUGGUGCCGCGACAUCGGCGUCGGCAAGGGCGUCUUCAAGGUCUGGAUGCACAACAACAAGCACAACUACCUCGGCGGCCACAGCGCCCGCCGCAGCGCCUCCUCCUCCGCCGCCGCCGCCGCCGCCGCGCAUCUCCAAGCUCCCGCCACCGCCGCCCCACCAUUCAACCCCUCCACCACUCCUCCCCCUCCCACCACCAACCACACCUCACCCCCUUCCCACACCACCGACUUCAACAUCAACGGAACAUCCUCCUCCGCCGCCGCCGCUCCCCCUGCCGCCACCGGCCACCCAGAGAACGGAGCUUCGUCGCCGCAAUCCGCAUAAAGCUAGAGAGAAAGAGACAAGUAGCCUUCAGUGAUCAUUCCUUUUUUUUCUUCUUCUUUUUUCCCCUUAGAUCGCUCAUCCAAGAAAUUAACCCCAAGAAAGCAUGCCGCCGCUGCAGAUCAGUUCUUGAUGGUAGUUACAACAACAACAACAACAACAACAACAAAAUCCAAUCCUUCCUUCCUGUAUGUUCUUGGGAUCCGAUAAUGAUGGACAAUUAGGGAUUAAUUAGAUUAUCUCAUCUCAAAAGUGGCACCUUUCUUGGUUGUUCUUGUCCUCCUUGAAGCAGAGGCAGGAGGAGAGGGUUCUUCCUUCUAGAAUUCUAGGAUCUCAUGCUCUCUUCUAUUGAGAAAAAUGUAUACAAAAAUGGAAGCAGCCUCACCUCUUAGCACUCUACUCUCUUACUUAGUAUUAA